GCGCGGGCCCGGCGCUCCCUGAGGCGGCGGCGGCGGCUCCGGCGGCUCCUUUGUUCCCCCUGCCGGCACCGGGCUCGGAAUCGCGUCGGGAUCGGGCCGGGAUGAGCCUCGGGAAGGGCUCCGGGAAAGGCUCCGGCUCCGCCUAAUGUUAGGAGCUCGUCCCUGCGAGGCAUUGAGGACUGCCAUGCCCUUAGGUGCCGUUGCCAGCCCCUGAUGUGACAUGGCCACCCCGGAGCCCCCCCUGGGCGGGACCCCCCGGCCCGGCCCCUCCCCCGGGCCCGGCCCCUCCCCCAGCUCCAUGCUGGGCCCCUCCCCCGGCCCCUCCCCCGGCUCCGGCCACUCCGGGCACUCCGGGCACGCGCUGCCGGCGCCGGGCUACGCGCCCGACACCAUCCACCCCCUGCACAAGCCCCUGGACGCGAUGCACGAGAAGGGAAUGGCGGAGGAUCCUCGCUACGGGCAGAUGAAGGGAAUGGGGAUGCGCCCGGGGGGGCACGCGGGGAUGGGACCCCCCCCCAGCCCCAUGGAUCAGCAUUCCCAAGGUUACCCCUCCCCUCUGGGCGGCUCCGAGCACGCCUCCAGCCCCGUCCCCUCCAACGGCCCCUCCGGCAGCUCCGCCGCGGCCGGCGCCGCCCUGGACGGUUCCGGUUCCGACUCCCCCGCCUUGGGCCGGGGCCCUUCGCCCUUCAACGCCGCCCAGCUGCACCAGCUGCGGGCCCAGAUCAUGGCCUACAAGCUGCUGGCGCGGGGGCAGCCCCUGCCCGAGCACCUGCAGGUGGCCGUGCAGGGCAAGCGGCCGCUGCCGGGGAUGCAGCCGCAGAUCCCGGCUCUACCUCCGCCCGCCGGGGCCGCGCAGGGCCCGGGGCAAGCGCCCGGAGCGGGGCCGGCGCCGCCCGGAUACUCCAGACCUCACGGAAUAGGAGGGCCCAACAUGCCCCCUCCUGGACCCUCAGGAGUUCCCCCAGGAAUGCCAGGACAGCCCCCAGGGGGACCCCCCAAACCCUGGCCCGAAGGCCCGCUGUCGGCGGCGGCUCCGGGCGGGGCCCCCCAGAAGCUGCUGCCGCCCCCCCCCGCCGGCCGCCCGUCCCCGGUGCCCCCCGCGGUGCCGCCGGCCUCGCCCGGGCCCCCCCCGCCCUCGCCGGGGCAGCCGGCGCCGCCGGCGCUGCCCAUGCACGCCAAGCAGAACCGCAUCACCCCCAUCCAGAAACCGCGCGGGCUCGACCCCGUGGAGAUCCUGCAGGAGAGGGAGUACAGGCUCCAAGCCCGCAUCGCCCACCGCAUCCAGGAGCUGGAGAACCUGCCCGGCUCCUUGGCCGGAGACCUGAGGACCAAAGCCACCAUCGAGCUCAAGGCCCUGAGGCUGCUCAACUUCCAGCGCCAGCUGCGGCAGGAGGUGGUGGUGUGCAUGCGGCGCGACACGGCGCUGGAGACGGCGCUCAACGCCAAGGCCUACAAGCGCAGCAAGCGGCAGUCGCUGCGCGAGGCGCGCAUCACCGAGAAGCUGGAGAAGCAGCAGAAGAUCGAGCAGGAGAGGAAGCGCCGCCAGAAGCACCAGGAAUACCUCAACAGCAUCCUGCAGCACGCCAAGGACUUCAAGGAGUACCACCGGAGCGUCAGCGGCAAGAUCCAGAAGCUCACCAAGGCCGUGGCCACCUACCACGCCAACACCGAGCGCGAGCAGAAGAAGGAGAACGAGCGCAUCGAGAAGGAGAGGAUGAGGAGGCUCAUGAUGGAUGGAUGGGUGGAUGGAUGGAAGGAGAACGAGCGCAUCGAGAAGGAGAGGAUGAGGAGGCUCAUGGCCGAGGAUGAGGAAGGCUACCGCAAGCUGAUCGACCAGAAGAAGGACAAGCGCCUGGCCUACCUGCUGCAGCAGACCGACGAGUACGUGGCCAACCUGACCGAGCUGGUGCGGCAGCACAAGGCGGCCCAGGUGGCCAAGGAGAAGAAGAAGAAGAAGAAGAAGAAGAAGGCAGAGAACGCUGAGGGUCAGGCUCCGGCCAUCGGCCCCGACGGGGAGCCCCUGGACGAGACCAGCCAGAUGAGCGACCUCCCGGUGAAGGUGAUCCACGUGGAGAGCGGCAAAAUCCUGACGGGAACCGACGCGCCCAAGGCCGGGCAGCUGGAGGCCUGGCUGGAGAUGAACCCGGGGUACGAGGUGGCUCCGCGCUCCGACAGCGAGGAGAGCGGCUCCGAGGAGGAGGAGGAGGAGGAGGAGGAGGAGCAGCCCCAGCUGGCCCAGCCCGCGCUGCCCGUGGAGGAGAAGAAGAAAAUUCCGGACCCCGACAGCGACGACGUCUCGGAGGUGGACGCCCGACACAUCAUCGAGAACGCCAAGCAGGACGUGGAUGACGAGUACGGGGUGUCGCAGGCGCUGGCGCGGGGGCUCCAGUCCUACUACGCCGUGGCCCACGCCGUCACCGAGCGCGUGGACAAGCAGUCGGCCCUCAUGGUCAACGGCGUCCUCAAGCAGUACCAGAUCAAGGGCCUGGAGUGGUUGGUGUCCCUCUACAACAACAACCUCAACGGGAUCCUGGCCGACGAGAUGGGGCUGGGCAAGACCAUCCAGACCAUCGCCCUCAUCACCUACCUGAUGGAGCACAAGAGGAUCAACGGCCCCUUCCUCAUCAUCGUCCCGCUCUCGACUUUGUCCAACUGGGCCUACGAGUUCGACAAGUGGGCGCCGUCCGUGGUCAAGGUCUCCUACAAGGGCUCCCCGGCCGCGCGCCGCGCCUUCGUCCCGCAGCUGCGCAGCGGCAAAUUCAACGUCCUGCUGACCACCUACGAGUACAUCAUCAAGGACAAGCACAUCCUGGCCAAGAUCCGUUGGAAGUACAUGAUCGUGGACGAAGGCCACCGCAUGAAGAACCACCACUGCAAGCUGACGCAGGUCCUCAACACCCACUACGUGGCCCCGCGGCGUCUUCUCCUCACCGGGACCCCCCUGCAGAACAAACUGCCCGAGCUCUGGGCGCUCCUCAACUUCCUGCUGCCCACCAUCUUCAAGAGCUGCAGCACCUUCGAGCAGUGGUUCAACGCGCCCUUCGCCAUGACCGGCGAGAAGGUGGACCUCAAUGAGGAGGAGACCAUCCUCAUCAUCCGCCGUCUCCACAAGGUUCUGCGGCCGUUCCUGCUGCGGCGCCUCAAGAAGGAGGUGGAGGCUCAGCUGCCCGAGAAGGUGGAGUACGUCAUCAAGUGCGACAUGUCGGCGCUGCAGCGCGUCCUGUACCGGCACAUGCAGGCCAAGGGCGUCCUGCUCACCGACGGCUCCGAGAAGGACAAGAAGGGCAAAGGAGGCACCAAGACCCUGAUGAACACCAUCAUGCAGCUGCGCAAGAUCUGCAACCACCCCUACAUGUUCCAGCACAUCGAGGAAUCCUUCUCCGAGCACUUGGGCUUCACGGGCGGGAUCGUGCAGGGGCUGGAUUUGUACCGAGCUUCUGGAAAAUUCGAGCUCCUGGAUCGGAUCCUGCCCAAACUCAGGGCCACCAACCACAAGGUGCUGCUCUUCUGCCAGAUGACCUCCCUGAUGACCAUCAUGGAGGAUUAUUUCGCUUAUCGCGGCUUCAAAUACCUCAGGCUGGACGGCACCACCAAGGCCGAGGACCGGGGCAUGCUGCUGAAGACGUUCAACGAGCCCGGCUCCGAGUAUUUCAUCUUCCUGCUGAGCACGCGCGCCGGCGGCCUCGGCCUCAACCUGCAGUCGGCCGACACCGUCAUCAUCUUCGACAGCGACUGGAACCCCCACCAGGACCUGCAGGCGCAGGACCGCGCGCACCGCAUCGGGCAGCAGAACGAGGUGCGCGUCCUGCGCCUCUGCACCGUGAACAGCGUGGAGGAGAAGAUCCUGGCGGCCGCCAAGUACAAACUGAACGUGGACCAGAAGGUGAUCCAGGCCGGGAUGUUCGACCAGAAAUCCUCCAGCCACGAGCGCAGGGCCUUCCUGCAGGCCAUCCUCGAGCACGAGGAGCAGGACGAG